UUCCCUCUCGGUUGUGUGCAGCCAGUGAGGUACGUUACGCAUGUUAAAUCUGUCAUUGUGCAUAUUUGCGUUUAAACUGUGUUUAUGUAAUGUUACUGUCGGAUUGUUUGUAUGUCUAAAUGUAAUUUAUACAGUUAGAUGGUGGAUUGAGGACAGUGGUGUAAAAGGAGAAAUAAAUUCAUCAGUAGAAAAGAACUAAAGGUGUCGUGUAUUUCCUGGAGGGAAUGAUGGCAGGAAAAUGUAUGUACAGGAGACUAUUUGCUCAAUACUAAAAUUUCUUUGUGGCAUCUCUGUGUGUGUCUACUGUUUUCCUGCAGAUGUCCAACAGCUGUUGGUGGGUAAAGAAGAGGUUCCCCCUGAGCAGCAGGAGUGGAGCUCCAGUCUGGACCAGGAGGACCCAGAGCCGCCCCCACACAUUAAAGAGGAACAGGAGGAACUCUGGAUCAGUCAGGAGGGAGAGCAGCUUCAAGGACUGGAGGAGGCUGAUGUCAAGCUCUCAUUCACUCCUGUGAAGAGUGAAGAUGAUGAAGAGGAAGCUCAGUCCUCACAGCUUUAUCAAAGACAAACUAAACAGAUGGAAACAGAAGCUGAUGGAGAGGACUGUGGAGGACCAGAACCAGACAGAAACUUAGAUCCAGAUAGACAUCCAGAACCAGAUACUGAUGACAAGACUGGAGACUCUUCUGACACUGAUGAUUGGAAGGAGACCAGAGAACCUCAGUCAGGUUUAAACUCUGUGAAACCUGAUGAAGUCCUUGUCAGUGAUUCAAGAUGUAGUACUAGUGAGAAACUUUUUAGAUGCUCUGAGUGUGAGAAAACAUUUGGCUCCCGAGGAAUUCUGAAGAAACACACGAGAAUCCACACAGGAGAAAGACCUUACUGCUGCUCAGUCUGUAAUAAGUAUUUUGCAUAUAAACAGGUUUUACAGGACCACAUGAAAGUCCACACAGGAGAGAAACCUUACAGCUGCUCAGUCUGUAAUAAGUCUUUUGCACGUAAACGGGGUUUACAGGAACACAUGAAAACCCACACAGGAGAGAAACCUUACAGCUGCUCAGUCUGUAAUAAGUCUUUUGCACGUAAACAGGGUUUACAGGAACACAUCAAAACCCACACAGGAGAGAAACCUUACAGCUGCUCAGUCUGUAAUAAGUCUUUUGCAUAUAAACAGGUUUUACAGGAACACGUGAAAAUCCACACAGGAGAGAAACCUUUCAGCUGCUCAGUUUGUGAUCAAAGAUUUAGGCAGAGCGCAGCUAUAAAGGUACACAUGAAAACUCACACAGGAGAGAAACCUUACAGCUGCUCAGUUUGUGAUAAAAGAUUUAGGCAGAGCGCAGCUAUAAAGGUACACAUGAAAACUCACACAGGAAAGAAUCCCCUUUAGCCCUUUUACCCAAUCAGCCCUCCACAUAUCCCUUCGAGCGGUGGGCCCGUAGGGCGGCUGCUCAAUGUAGAUUUUUCGGGUUGCUCCUGGUCGAACCAUAUGUAUCAUGUCCCGGAAACCAGACCCUCACCAGCAGCAAUAUGCUUUUUGUUUCUUUCAUUGUUUAAUCAAAAUGAUUGAUUUGAAGGGUAAAUAUGGAGACAAGUGUAUUGGCAUACAGAUGAGUAUAUGUAUGUGUGUUUGAGGCAUCAUGUCUUGAAAUAAAUCCUUGUAUUUUAGUUUAUAUUGAUAAAUAUUUGAUUGUUAUUUUCUAUGUAAAAUGUUUUGCUUUCCAUCUCAAUAAAAAGAGAAUAAUAAAACAAAAGAUAUCCACUCACAGCAACCGUUGGAUACACAAACUACCAAGCAGACAUAUCAGAGAAGCUAACCCACGCAGGUUGGACAGCCGACCCCGCUUUCCCCGGGGCAGGAUCCGUUCACGCUACACUACCAAGCAGACAUAUCAGAGGUUCAGGAAAAGUUCAUUCUUUAAAGUAGUUUCCCCGUACUCCUCACUUUAAUUAUUAUUAUUAGAUUAGUAUAAAGAUUCAAAGGUCCUAACAUUUAAUAGUCAUUUUGAUCUUCCAGAAAAAGAUGUUGAUUUUACUGACUCAGCUCAGUCAUUUUUAUUAUUCUUUUUUUAUUCGGACAGGCCUCGUUUUUGUAUCUGUGUAUGGUGUUGGUGUGUUUGGACGAAUAAAAAUGUAAAUGCAAAAAGAAAGCAGGAUUUUAAACCAGAAAUGCACUG